ACGCCGCUUUUCGUUUCACCGCGUGAAUCCCGGAACAACCGGCUCGCGGAAGGCGGGGGAGGGGCGGGGCCUCUGCCGGCGGCGUCAUGGCGGAGGCGGCUUUGGACGCAGUGCGGCGAGCCUUACGAGCGUUCCCCGAGGCGGCCCGGGAGCUCAGUGUGCCUCUUGCUGUGCCUUAUCUGGAUGAGCCCCCUACCCCACUCUGCUUCUACCGGGACUGGGUGUGUCCCAACAGGCCGUGCAUCAUCCGCAAUGCCCUGCAGCACUGGCCGGCCCUCCAAAAGUGGUCCCUUCCCUACUUAAGAGCCACGGUGGGCUCCACGGAGGUGAGUGUGGCUGUGACUCCGGAUGGUUAUGCAGAUGCUGUGCGAGGAGACCGCUUUGUGAUGCCUGCCGAGCGCCGGCUGCCCUUGAGCUGUGUGCUGGAUGUGCUGGAGGGCCAGGCCCAGCACCCAGGAGUCCUGUACGUGCAGAAGCAGUGCUCCAACCUGCCCACUGAGCUGCCUCAACUGCUUUCUGAUCUCCAGCCCCAUGUCCCCUGGGCCUCUGAGGCGCUGGGAAAGAUGCCCGAUGCUGUGAACUUCUGGCUGGGGGAGGCAGCUGCAGUGACAUCCUUGCACAAGGACCACUAUGAGAACCUGUACUGUGUGGUCUCUGGGGAGAAGCACUUCUUAUUACAUCCGCCCAGCGAUCGGCCCUUUAUCCCCUAUGAGCUAUACACACCGGCAACCUACCAGCUAACUGAGGAGGGCACCUUUAAGGUGGUGGACGAAGAAGCCGUGGAGAAGGCAAAGGUACAUGGGACAUGGCUGCUCACUGUGCGCGUUCUGCAGGCCCAUGGGCUGCCCUCCAAAGACCUAGUGACCCCUUCUGACUGCUAUGUGACUCUGUGGCUGCCCACAGCCUCCAGCCACAGGCUGCAGACACGCACAGUCAAGAACAGCAGAAACCCGGUCUGGAAUCAGAGCUUUCACUUCCGAAUUCACAGCCAGCUCAAGAAUAUCAUGGAACUGAAAGUCUUUGACCAGGACCUGUUGACCCAAGAUGACCCUGUGUUAUCAGUGCUGUUUGACGUGGGGACCCUGCAAACUGGAGAGUCCCAGCACCAGAGUUUCUCACUGAACUCUCAGGAGGAGAUGCGGCUGGAAGUUGAGUUUCGGCUGCAGAGUCUGACAGACCGUGCAGAGGAGCUUAUCAGCAAUGACAUCCUGGUGGCCCGGGAGCUUUCUUGCUUGCAUGUUCAGCUGGAAAAGAUGGGGCCUCAGAAGGGGUCAGAGGGCAGAGUUCGGCUUGUGGUUCCCGGGGCCUGUGAGAGUCCGCAGGAGGCCUCUGUGGGCACUGGCUCUUUCCGCUUCCACUGCCUGGCCUGCUGGGAGCAGGAGCUGAGUAUCUAUCUGCAGGGUGACCCCCAGGAGCAACUGAAGGUGCCACUGCAGGCCCUGCCCUCAGGCCAGUUGGUGAGACUCGUCUUCCCCACGUCCCAGGAGCCGCUGAUGAGAGUGGAACUGAAGAAGGAAGAAGGACAGAGGGACCUUGCUGUGCGGCUGGGCUGUGGGCCCUGCCCUGAGGAACAGGCCUUCCUGAGCAAGAGAAAGCAGGUGGUGGCCAAGGCCCUGAAGCAGGCCCUGCAGCUGGAAGGAGACCUGCGUGAGGACGAGGUCCCAGUAGUAGCUGUUAUGGCCACUGGCGGUGGGAUCCGGGCAAUGACUUCCUUAUAUGGGCACCUGGCAGGCCUGCGGGAACUGGGCCUCUUGGACUGCAUCUCGUAUAUCACGGGGGCCUCAGGCUCCACCUGGGCCUUGGCUAACCUGUACGAGGACCCAGACUGGUCUCAGAAGGACCUGGUGGGGCCCACGGAGUUGCUGAAGACCCAGGUGACAAAGAGCAAGCUGGGUGCACUGGCCCCCAGUCAGCUGCACCGGUACCGGCAGGAGCUGGCUGAGCGCACCCGCCUGGGCCACCCACCCUGCUUCACCAACCUGUGGGCUCUCAUCAAUGAGGCACUGCUGCACGAUGAGCCCCAUGACCACAAACUCUCAGAUCAACGGGAGGCCCUGAGUCGUGGCCAGAACCCUCUGCCCAUCUACUGUGCCCUCAACACCAAGGCACAGAGUCUGAGCACCUUUGAAUUUGGUGAGUGGUGCGAGUUCUCCCCCUACGAGGUAGGCUUUCCCAAGUAUGGGGCCUUCAUCCCUUCUGAGCUCUUCGGAUCUGAGUUCUUCAUGGGGCGACUGGUGAAGCAGCUCCCCGAAUCCCGCAUCUGCUUCUUGGAAGGAAUCUGGAGCAAUCUGUAUGCGGCCAGCCUCCAAGACAGCUUGUACUGGGCUUCAGAGCCCAGCCAAUUCUGGGACCGCUGGGCCCAGAAUCGGGCCAGCCUAGACAAGGAGCAGGUUCCCCAGCUGAAGAUGGAAGAGCCGCCCACAACUGCUGGCAGAAUCGCUGAGUUUUUCACUGACCUCCUGACCAGGCGCCCACUUGCCCAAGCCACCCACAAUUUCCUGCAUGGCCUCCAUUUCCACCAGGACUAUUUCCAGCAUCCUCACUUCUCAGCCUGGAAAGCUACCAAACUGGAUGGGCUCCCCAACCAGCUGACACCCAUGGAACCCCAUCUUUGCCUGCUGGAUGUUGGCUACCUCAUCAACACUAGCUGUCCUCCCCUCCUGCAGCCCACCCGAGAUGUGGACCUCAUCCUGUCCCUGGACUACAACCUCCACGGAGCCUUCCAGCAGCUGCAGCUCUUAGGCCGGUUCUGCAAGGAGCAGGGGAUUCCAUUCCCCUCCAUCUCUCCCAGUGCUGAGGAGCAGCACCAGCCUCGGGAGUGCCACAUCUUCUGCGACCCUGCCCAGCCCCAAGCCCCUGCCGUGCUGCACUUCCCUCUGGUCAAUGACUCCUUCCGGGAGCACUCGGCACCUGGGGUACCACGGACACCCGAGGAGAAGGCAGCUGGGGAGGUGAACCUGUCUUCUUCUGACUCCCCCUACCACUACACAAAGGUGACCUAUAGCCAGGAGGACGUGGACAAGCUGCUUUGCCUGACACAUUACAACAUCUGCAAUAACCAGGAGCAGCUGCUGCAGGCCCUGCGCCAGGCCGUGCAGCGGCGGAGGCACCACAAGCAACACACGCCCCAGUGACGGCCGCUGCCUGAGGCCCCCCUGGCAGGACUCUCACCAAGUACUGCAGAACCUUUGGGGACUCUGAGGCCCAGGACCAUCCAGAGGUGGCACUGGAGCCACGAGCAUCCCUGUCAUAGAGGCCUGGCUCACAGCUGGAGCUUGGCCAGGGUCUCCGUGGCACGGAAGGAGUUGCGGCUCAGAGGCGGGGAUAAAGUGGUGAUCUGUGAAGUGACAAAGUGCUCCAUUACCGAGAUUCUUACAAACGGGAGGUGUGGUCUCAGAUUAUUUUGUUCUUCCAAGCUCUUGACCAGGACUGGUUUAAAAAGCAAAACAGUACAUCUGCCUAAGUGUCCGUCAGUGUGGGCUCUUAAAGAGGAGAGUGGCUGCCCUGGCCAGGGGAGCAGACUCAUGGACUGUCCUCCUCACCCAGGCAGCAGCCUCAGGGUGAGGCCGUGACUCAGUUAAAGAGCUGAGCCACAGAAACUUCAGCACAUCACUGUCUAUUCCAGAAGCUGGUCCUUUGGGCUCAUAGCUGAGUAGCAGCUGUGUCUUCCGCUGUAGCCCUGAGGUUUGGUGAUGUCUUGGGGCUCACCACUUCAAGGCCUAUUGGGAGAACAGAAUAAAUUGAAGGCCUGGGACGUGCCAUCUGCUCCCAGUGUGGGAGAUAAAUGGGAGGUAACUCCCUUGAUUUAGCUUGCGACAUCUGUCAGCCUGGUCCUCUCGAAGUCACUGUGUCUAGGAGAAUGCCUGUCCCUCAUCAGUUUGGAACCUGUGGGCCCUGCAGGAGUGGAUGACCAGGUCAGAGACUGGUCACCACAUCAUGGCUGUGUGGUUGUGACAUCUAGGCUCAUGUACCACCUCUCCUGGUGAGCCCACUGGCUUGAGGUGGCUGAGCAGCCAACUGACAUUACAUCUGCAAGAGCCGUAUGUCCACACUUUACCCUCCCCUGUUCUCCCAGCCUGGGUGUCAUGGCACUCAGUGAUACCUGGGCCCUGUCUGACCCUGGCAGUGGGGACAGAGAAGCAGGACAGGAUGAAGAC